GUUCCUGGGAGGGAGCAGGCACGGGUGCAGGUCUGGGGAUUCCCUUCCGGCUUGCCUCUACCUCCUUCCCCCGCCACCGUCCACGGUGAGGCGUGCGGAUCAGGAAGCAGUUCCAUUCCUUCCGCCUACCACCCUGCAAACCUCUGGGACUGGAAUGAGCGCUUGCCACCAGCAGUCUAGACCCGUCUAGGAGCCGGUUGUCGGGGGAAAUGGACUCGAUGACCUUCGAAGAUGUGGCUGUGAACUUCACCCGGGAGGAGUGGGCCCUGCUGGACGCCACACAGAGGCAGCUCUACAGAGAUGUGAUCCUGGAGACCUGUGGUCACCUGGCCUGUGUGGAUUGGGCAACUCGACAUCAAACCAAAGACUCGACCCCUCAGCAGAACAACCUUGCUAAAAGGACAUUUCAGGAAGUGAACAGAGCACAUCUGGUGAGCAGCGGUUCCCGACUCUCCGAUCUCAGAGAAGACUGGAUGGCCCAUAGAAAAGAGGUGCCGGGCAAGCAGAGAGGGCGAACAUUGAAACAAGUUGCAGCAGCCCACGAGAAAGAUGCCUCUCCCAUUGGAUUCUGGGAAUAUCCCAAAAUGAGGGACAUCUCUAACCCUGGCCAGAAGAUUGUGCCAUCACAGGGAGAUUCCACAAGAAAACAUAACCCAAGACGUAACUCAGACAUCUUGAAACAAAUUCUCCUCUUACACAGGAAUCAAAAAAUCUUUACAAACAAUGAAGAUGACCAAGUCAAGUGGCAGGAAAUGCCAUGUAUUCCACAUGCAAGAACUCAAACAGAGCUGAAAUCAAAGGCGUGGAUGGAUCAUCAGAAUGACCUGCUUCAUUUGCAGGCUGAAAUGUACAUGGGCGUGAGCAUCCACAAAUACUGUCCACGUGGGAAAGCCUUAGGGGGAGACAUCUCCCUUAGGACACGAGGGAUGCCCCUGAAAGAGAAACCUCGUCAUUCUCAUCAAUGUGAAAACACCUUCCUAAAUAACUCUCUCCCUGCCGGGCAGACGCAACCUUACGAGGCAGAGACAAAUAAUGAGAAUAAUCAAAGUGGGAAGACAUUUGUCCCUGUUCAGAGUUCCGAUUCACACAGGAGAACGUCAAUGGGAGUGAAAAGCUAUAAGUGCAGGGACUGUAGGAAGGCCUUCGUGUAUCAGUCGUUCCUUAUGAGACACAUGGAAAUUCACACGGGAGAGAAGCCCUACACAUGUGAGAAUUGUGGGAAAACCUUCAGAUAUAUCUUACACCUUAAUAAACAUAUGAGAAAUCACAACCUGAAGACCUUUGAAUGUCCGGAAUGUGGGAAAAGCUUCAACAAGUCCUCAAAGCUUAAGGCACAUGUUAGGAUUCACACUGGAGAGAAACCCUAUAAAUGUCAGGAAUGUGGGAAAACCUUCGAUAAGUCCACAAAGCUUCAGAAACAUACUAGGAUUCACACUGGAGAGAAACCCUAUAAAUGUAAGGAAUGUGGGAAAAGCUACACUUAUUCUUCAAGUCUUAAAACCCACCUGAAGAGGGUCUGCAGAUGAAAGGAAUGGGGAGAAGCCUUCAUUCAUUUUCUCAAAGUACUGAGUGCAGAAGGAGGACGUGAUGGAAGGGAGCUCAGUGAAUGAACAAAGAUGGAAACGUCUUCUCUGAACUCUCAGAUCUUACAGAGAUGUAAGAUUUCACACUUUUAUUUUUUAAAGGGGAAUAUGGGGAAGCCCUCAGUGUCUCAAAUGUACAGUUCUUGUAAAGACACACUGCAGGACUUCCCUGGCAGUCCAGUGGGUAAGACACCACCCUCCCACUGCCGAGGUUUGAUCCCUGGUGGGGCAGCUAAGAUCCCACAUGCCAUGUAGCAGGGCCGAAAAAGUAAAAAAUAAAACUCACACUGCCGAGGCAUCAUAUGGGAUUAAGGAAUGUGGGUACACCUUACAUACUCAUCCCUCACUUUACACAUGAGACCAAACCCUGGAGAGAGACCUCUCAUCAGUAAUAGAUUUGAGAAAGACUUUAUUUCCCUCUCUUCACAUGCAGGGCACAAAUGAGUCUUAAGCUCAGUCGUGUCUGACUCUGCGACCCCCAUGGACUGUAGCCCUCCAGGUUCCUCUGUCCAUGGAAUCAUCCAGGCAAGAGUACUGGAAUAGGUUGUCAUUUCCUUCUCAAGGGGAUCUUCCCAACCCAGGGAUCAAACCUGCAUCUCCUGCGUUGCAGGCAGAUUCUUUACCAGUGAGCCACCAGGGAAGCCCCUAAUAGUAGGAGAGAAACAGGGUAGAUGUUCUGAUCACUAGCAUUAUCCAUGUCUCUUCCUUCCAUUGGAACCAAAAUUCUGUAUUUGCCACCAUUUCUGAUAAAAUCCCACAAGAAUGCUGAUUACCCCACUGCGGAUCCUUUCAGCUCUGCCACGUGAGUUUUGAGCUGUAGGAGCUUCAUAACAUUUCACUGAUGCGUCACUGCACCCGUGUGAAUUACGGUUUGAGCUACGUUUAAUUUAGACUCAGGUUUGCUGUGCUCCGUGAUGCCAUUUCUGUCCAUUGAUUUGACUGCAUUAUGGUCAGAGUAUGUGAUCUUUGUGGUACUGAUAGGAGAUACUUGUCUUGACUUUCAUUUUGGUCUCGUGAUGGGACCAGUUCUGUCAUCGCCUGACCGCAUUCUUCUCAUCUUCUUUACUGAAGGGACAUAGAUUUGUUUUUCCAGAGUUAGCACAGUUGGAUUUUUUUUGGUGGGGGGAGCAGGGGAGCGCCACAUGGCAUGUUAGGUUAUAGUUCCCUGACCAGGAGUCGAACCCACGGCCCCUUCAGUGGAGGCAUGAGUCUUAACCAUGGGACCGCCAGGGAAGUCCCUGUGGAAUGUUUUUAAAUGCAUUUCUCAGGACUUUCCUGGUGGUCCCGUGGUUAAGACCACGCUUCCGCUGCAAGGCUCCUAGUCAGGGAACUAAGAUCACACAUGCCAUGCAGCAAAAAAAAAAAAGAAAGAAAUGCCUUUCUCAGAUUUUCUCAUAUCUGAUGGUGAAUGGAGCUUAUUGCCAGUAAGGAGGGAGGUGGUUUGGAUUCCUGGAGGGCUGUUGGAAAGGAGAGAAUGUUCUUUACUCUCUCUUAACCAAGUCCCCUAUUCUUUCCUUUGUUUCGCUCUGGAAAUGGGAUGAUAUUCCCUGAGUUAGCUCAUGCAACUUGAGGAUCAUUGAAAUGAAGGUCAUGGUCCCAGUAACACAAAUAUAAAUACACAAAAACCGUCAAAUAUAAAUAUACAAUUUCUCACUCUUGUAUUUGAAUGGCAUAUUUGGGGAUUUUCAUGGCUGCAGUAGAUUGCAUGUCUAAAUUUAUUCCAUAAAGCAAAGCCUUAAUUUGGUUAAGAAGCAUUUCAGGGGAGUUUUGUUGUUUGUUUUUUUUAAGUAGAAGCUAUUAUUUAUUUUUAUUUUGUUUUUGGCCUUGCCACACCUGUUGCAGGAUCUUAGUUCCCCAAUCAGGGAUUGAACUCCUGGCCCGGAACAUCCCCGGUGAUGUAGCUGGAAGACUCUGCACUUCGAAUUCAGGGGGCAUGGGUUCCAUCCUGGCCUGGCUGGGGAGCUCAGAUCCCACAUGCUGUAGCCAAAAAACCCUCCAGGGCCCCUGCAGUGGAAGCACAGAGUCUUAACCACUGGACUGCUGGGCAAUUCUGGGGGAGGUUUUAUAACUCAAGAGUUAGAAUGAUAAAGUUAGUAUGUGGCCAAUUUUUUGUAAUUCCUCGUGUGAUUCAAGAUGCUGUACAUUUCUUCGGUAUUGAGUGGGCUCGUCAGUAUUUGAAUGGUCAAGCUUCUUAACAGUGUUUUAGACUGUCUUACUAAUGACAUUUUUACUCACUGAGCAAGUUCAUAAUAAAAUAUCUGGGGCUUC